CUGGAAAUAAAAACUUCAAGAAAGACAACCCCAGGAGCCUUGACAAUCCUAAGACAGAGAAAUUGGGACAUAAUGCUCUUUUGAAUGGAGAAGGUGAGUCAAGAAGUUAUCACACAUCUCUCCAGGAAAAAUACCCUUUGGGUGAAAAACACAAGAGCCCUUUCAUAAAGCACUCAGAAAAUCCUCCCACAUCCCAGAGGAUUGAGACCAAGUAUGACAUUAUGCACACAGUGUGGGAGCGUGCUCACAGCGAGGCCAUCUCAACAGCACCAGAGAAGAAAGCGGUGACCCUCCGGAGCAGCAAGUCUCUGAAGGGGAGGCAUCUGUUCCAGGAAGUCACCCUGGCUGAUCUGGAGUCUGGUCCAGAGAGUCAGGUGGGGUCUGUCCAAAGGGUCAGUUUGAUUUGGGAAGCUUGAGUGAUGCAUGAAUCUAGUGGGCCAAAGCUUGAUUUUCGAGAGUCAAAGGAUGUGAUUGGGGGCAAUUGCCUGUCGCCCAGAUGGACAGGUAGGGUUGUAGGGAGCUGGCAUGAAGUGGUCAAUGAAGAGCCCCAUUGUCCUGGGACCACCUCCAUGAGCACUGUCAAGGCUUCUGUCUGGGAUACCCAGCAUGAAGGGCCCGAAGGGACUGGACACAAGCCAGGAGUAGAAGCAAGGGGUCCCCCCCAGGAGUGCUGCCUGGAUCCUCCUUCCAAGGCUAAGGUUGAGCCCUUUGAAUUCCAAGCACAAGCACAUCCAGAUGUGUCUCCUGUGCAGAAAGGGACCCUUACUGCACCUGCCAGUGAGGGUGACCAAAGGCUGGUCCAGAUACCAGAGCCUGAAGUCAAAAUGAGGAAAGCUGGUUUGAUUGACCAGAGAAUGGACAGAUGGAGACGGCGGACUCUACCCCAUGAUGUGAAAUUUGAUGCAUUUGGUUUCCUCACCCCAAAGAACUCGUCGAAGGUGGAGGAGAGGCAGACUGAUUAUUUGACUCACACACCUGGUGCCUUAAAAAAACCUCAGUUAUCCCCCAAUAGCGUGGAGACCCAGGAGGUGAACCCAGGUGCUUUACAGGACCAGACUGUCUCAGUGGUAAAGCAAGGGUCACCUGUGGAACCCAAGACAAUAUUUUUUGCAGUAACCUAUCAGAUUCCUGAUAUUCAAAAGGCAAAGGGUGUUGUUAUGUCAGCGCUUGACAACUUGCUGGAACAUUCUAGAAAAGUCACUCCACCUUCCUCUCCUCAUUCUUUCACACCAAUUUUGGUUUCUCUUAACCAUGAAGAGCCACUGGAGGCAGUGGGCAGUAAAAACUGGACUAAGGGAAGAGUGCAUGAAAAUGUAAGUGUUUCAAAAAAUCUGAAGCCGACAGAGUGCCCAUCAUCUGUUGGGGACAAGAUUCUGGAAACUUCUAGGGAAAAAGUCAUCAAUGUGGAUGCUUUAUGGCGUCAUCCAGGAUCCGAAGAUGGCACUGGUUUUCAGAACAAUUGGAAGGAUACCAGGAGCAGGAUGUCCCCUAGCAACACUGCUCCGAAAACUACCCCGACUUUGAAGAAUCGUCCAAAGGAUCUCGUCAGAAGGACAGAGGUGAUCAGUGAGAUGUUCCCAGGCAAGAUCAAAGAUGGCUACAGAUUGAGUGUGCUGGACUGAUGGCUGAGUACCAGGAGCUGUCUAACAAAGUCCCUGGCGAGGCUCAGGAGUGGAAGGAGAGCCGGACUUUGGUGCCCAGCAGCUCACCUUGGGAGAGGCCAGGUGGGGUGGGACAGAGGAGGAAGAGCCUGAAGGACACCUCCGAAGCAGAGGGUCUCCGGAAACAAGCUGCUCCAGAAACAAAGCACAGCUCUCCUAGUUCAGGCAGGCAGCCGGCAGAGACCCUAGGGGCAGCCACGAACACCAAAGCCAGCUCUCCUUUGUGGGCUCUGCCACGGGUGAAUUCCUUCUGAGAGGUAUCCAGGGGUCUCUUCUGUCCCUGAAGGCUCCAGGAAAAAGGCUUAGGAAUUACAGAGGAAGACAACAAUGCCUUUGCCAGUAAACAUCACAAUGCAAAGUGUCCAAACGACCCAGCUGAGUUGAAGAAGUCCUUUAGUCAGGAGGAUCUGGGAGGGAGGGUCAGAGUGUCACCCAAAUCACCCCCUGCUGACUGGAAGAAAGGGAGUCUGAGGAAAUCCGCUGAGUGGAGAGAGGAAGACAUUGUGGCCCAGUGGGGAGACCACCCACAUGACUGUGGCAGGUCGCCCAUGGAUGUCAAGAGGGCCUAUUCAGAGAAGGGGCCCCCUACCAUGAUUCAAGAUGGUCUGUCCAUCAUGCAUGAAGCCAGAGAGAGGAGGAGAGAGCAGCCCAAAGAGAGACACAGCCUCCCGGGGGAGAGUUCAAAGGCCAAACUGGGGCCCUCCUGUUGGGAGUCAGGGACUCCAGAUGGUCACAAGUUGCUGCCUCGGGACCUGGAGAAGGAGAAUGUCAUCCAGGACAGUGAGCACCCGCCCUGGCACAUGAGCCCUGCGGCCUUGGGUCCCCGAAGAAGCCACAGCUUCUCUAAGGACAAGAGGAGUGGGCCCUUUGUG